AUUUAGACUUUUUUCCAAUGCGUUACUGAAUAACAGCAGCUGUCAAUCCCUCAUAUAUUACUCAUCUGAUCAUACACGCAUCUUUGCGCUUGUUCCGUUCCCUGACUGAUGCCUCUCUCUGCCCGACACCGGCUGAUCCAAUUUAAGGAUCUUCAUCUAGAAUUAGCUUGUUUUGACCAGCCUGCAAGGCACCCUGGGAGGCUGGGGAGCUUAAUGCAGGCCGGUAAGCAGCAAGGGUAUAAAAUGCAGCUCGUGGCAAGAACUUUAGAGGCUUACCAAGUGUGGAGAUCUGUAGCUCGGGAGAGAGUCUGCGUUGUUGCAUUUUUAUUUUUUCUAACAGCGAGCGGUGCUAGAACUCGAGUCCUGCAAACAUGGUUCUGGAGGAUUCUGAUGUGGAAAUGAUCGUUGCUGAGAUUGAAGUCAGCGAACACGAUGUUGAGACUCCUCAUGGAAGACUCCACUGCACGAUGAAGGGCUCUCCCAAAGGGGACAGACCAGUCAUUCUUACCUUCCAUGACAUUGGCCUGAACCACAAAGCUUGCUGGGACCCGCUCUUCAACCAUGAGGACAUGGCAGAAAUCAUGCAGCAUUUUGCUGUGUGUCAUGUCGACGCCUUGGGGCAACAUGAAGGAGCCAACACCUUUUCCACUGGGUAUGAGUAUCCCUCUAUGGACCAGCUUGCUGAGACUCUCCCAUUGGUGCUGAAGCACUUUGGCCUGAAGAGCGUCAUUGGAAUGGGCAUCGGAGCCGGCGCAUAUGUGCUGACCCGAUUCGCCCUGGACUAUCCAAAUAUGGUGGAAGGUCUCAUGCUCAUCAACAUCAACCCAUGUGCUGAGGGCUGGAUGGACUGGGCUGCCCACAAGAUCAGUGGCUGGACCCAUGCUGAACCUGAUAUGAUUAUUACCCACCUCUUUGGAAAGGAGGAGAUCCACAACAACCACGACCUGAUCGCUACGUUCCGCCAUCACAUCUUGAACAACAUGAACCAGUUCAACCUGCAUCUCUUUGUCAAGGCCUAUGAGAGCCGGAGGGAUCUGGAUAUUGAGAGACCGGUCCCUGGAUGUAAUGCCAGAACUCUCAAGUGCCCUUCUCUGCUGGUGGUCGGUGACAAUUCUCCUGCUGUGGAUGCUGUGGUGGAGUGCAACACCAAGUUGGACCCCACAAAAACAACCCUCCUUAAGAUGGCUGAUUGCGGAGGCAUGCCCCAGGUCGACCAGCCUGGAAAGUUGACGGAAGCUUUCAAGUACUUCAUCCAGGGGAUGGGAUACAUGCCCUCUGCCAGCAUGACCCGCCUGGCUCGCUCCCGCACCGCCUCUGGCUCCAGCAUCACUUCAGACGGCAACCGCUCGCGCUCCCACACUCACGAUGGCAACCGCUCGCGCUCGCACACCAACGAGGGGAGCCGCAGCCGCAGCCACACGACCGAGCACGGCCACACGGACGGCACGGCCAACAACAACGUGGACCAGUCAGGGCCCAAGUCCGCUGAAGUCUCCUGCUAAAGUGAACGCCCCUCCCACAACAUCCUGCCCACUGCAGACAACAAGAACCUCUCAAGGUCCCUUCAUUUUGUGCUGCGCUGCCUCUUAAUUAUAUACACACACACAUAGAUUCAUACACACUUAAAACAGACAGGGACACUAACAUGAAGUAUUGUGACAUGUAAAAAUGAAGAAAAAAAUGCACAAAGGACUCUUGCUUGCAGAUCCUCCACUGCAGCUGAGAUGUCUUACAUUUGAAGAUCACGUGAUUAAAAGGCUGUGGUCAACUGUUUUGUCAUUCAGGGACUCGUACACAAACAAAACAUCGGCACUCUUCAGUCAGGCAGGAGAGCAAACGGAGGCAACGCAGCAUUCGAGGGGGGACACCAAAACGGAGAAUAUCAGAGAAGGCUGUGGCUGAGAGUACUCCAGCUUGUAAACUAUUUCUCUUGCAUUUAAAGCAGAAUUAAAAUUCAGCAUUCCUUCUGUUUUUCCUCUACUCUUACCACGUUUCGACACAGCUUUCUCGAAUUUACCCCACUGUAAAUGUCUUAUUGUCUUCUCACUAAUUGUCUGGUCAUUUACUCUGUUUCCAAGUGGCGUCGUUUGUGCAUAGGAGCAGAUUUGUAGUCGUAAGGGAGAGCGAUGAAGCACUCGGACGGAUGGAUGCAUGAAUCGUAAAGGGCUCAUUGUAUUUGUAGCUUCACAAAUUAAGGGAGAAAGUUUUCAGGACAUACUGUAAAUGAUGAUUUUAUUCAGCUGGUGUUUAUUAUCUCUGAGGUGUUGGGUUUUUAUUUUAGUUUCCCCUUGCUCCCUUCAAGAUUUCCAUGUGAAACCUUAAAGGUGAAAUACAACUUGAAUUAAGACUGAGCAUUUUCUGAGAACAUUUAAUUAAGAAUUAGCUUUAUGACGAAUUAAAAUGCAAAUUCACACGAGCUUUUCAAUCAUAUAUGCUUAUUUCCUUAAGUUUUUCUUUUCCCCUCCCAAGCUAUAUGUAUGCUGAUUUCUAUGCAAUCAAGCACAAAGGAACAAAAAAAAGUGCCAUGAAAUUGUUCGCUUUUGAGAUGUGACGCUCCUGUGUGGUUUUUGAUUUGUUGGGUGAGUGCAGACAGAGAGGUCCACAUGUUAGCAUGAGGAUAGUCAUAGAACUUACCCGAUACUAUUUCCUGUAUUGUACUUGCACUACAGCAACAUAUUACUUUGCAGAUGACAUAAAUGCAGCUUUAUAAAGAUGCAAUGCACAAACUAUCUCUUUGCUGUAGUGGGGGAAAAAAAUAGCAUUAAAAAUGAUAUAACAGUUUGUAUUUAUUAAAAAAUGACAAUAAAAAAAACUUGUAACGAU